AUGGAAGGAAAGAAAGUGUUAGUAGCUGAUGAUGAACCCUUUGCUUAAAAUUUAUUAAAGAUGUUAUAUGGUGCUUUGAAAGUAGAAUGUAUGGUGGUAGCUAAUGGAAAAGAAGCCUUAGAAGCAUACCAAAAAUCACCAGAUUUUAUUCAUGUACUUAUGGAUAUUCACAUGCCAGUGAUGGAUGGUUAUGAUGUAAAAAUUUAAUUAAUAUUUUCAGUCUGCAAAAUAAAUUAGAGCUCAUGAAAAAGCUAAAGGAUUACCUAAAUGUAAGAUUCUAGGUCUUAGUGGAGGUAUAUUUAUAAUAAUUAUUUUAAAUAAAAAAAUAGAUGGUGAUCCAAAGACAAAAGCAGCAUGUAUUAGUGCUGGUAUGGAUGAUUUAUUAGUCAAACCAUUGAAAAAAGAUCAAUUGUCUUAAUAUUUGUGAUUUUUUCAAAACUUAUUUAUAAUGAUUAUUG